GUUUUGUAAAUGCUGAACCUGUUUCAGAAUAAAGAAUGGCGGGAAAAAUUAGCAUUGAGGAGAAAUUAAAGGAGGCUACUAGAUAUAAAGAGAUGGGAAAUGAACUGUACAAGAUGAAAGAUUACAGAGCUGCAGCUGGAAAAUAUCAUAGAUCUAUUCUUUAUCUAAAGGGAAUAGACAAUGAUCUGCAUGGUACUCCUGCCUACCUUCAAGCUGUGUCCGUCAACCCUGAUCAAGCAAACUGUAUAUCCAAGCAGAUGGAACAGGAAUGUAUUCAGCUCAAUAUUCAAG